GUGAAACGGAAAGAGUAAAAAUCCGGACCGGCCCAGAGAGGCAGACCACCAGACGGAGGAAUAGUAGCGGAGCUGAUCCCGUACAAUGCUUUGGCAAGCUUGACAUCUAUUUAUCUCUAUUAAAUGAUUUCUUCACCGUUUUCGCACUCGAGACGGGGGAGGAGAGUGGACCAAGGUCCCUGACCGAAACUGAGGGGUCAUAAGACUUGCUUUAUUAGUUAGUUAUUUUCCACCUUCGUCCACUUUUAGGCUGCUUCAGUACCAUAUGAGUCUAUCAGGAAUGAUGAUUGGAACAAUAAAGCACUAUAAACUUUUUUUUCAUUUCCGUCCUCUUCUGAAGCAAUGUCAUUCAAUUCACUCAGCGCUACCAUCACGAAUGCUGGAGCAGGUUGUCAGAGCUGAAGUAGAAGCCAAAAACUAUGAGAAAAUUCCUAAUCUUCUCAUUUCUUCAGAGCCCUGUCCAAGUCCCAAUCCUUUUUCUUUCUUUUCUUCAGUUCCCCAAAACACGAGAGUGCAAAUCAUUGAUGAAAUGUUGCAAUCAUUCAUACCCCUUAGACCUCGUUCUAAGCUUCAGACAGCUUAUUCAUAUCUUCUUUCCUAUACUCUUGAAAGCCCCAAUUCCCUCCCUCUUGCUCUUGCCGUUCUACAACGGACUCUUCGUUCUGGUUGCAUUCCUGUUCCUCAAACCCAUGUUCUCCUCACAUCUGCUUGGUUGAACAAACGACAGCAAUGUCAUUCUGUUUCUAACAUUUUACUUCAGAUGCAAUCAAUCAGAUAUCAACCUGACUGCAAGACCUGUAAUUAUCUACUAUCAUCGCUUUGUGCUGUUGAUCAGUGGAUGGAGGCGGUUAAAGUCCUGAAAGGCAUGAGUGGAGCAGGAUGCUUUCCUGAUCAAGAAAGUUACAAUAUUGUGAUUGGAGCAAUAUGCCGAGUAAGAAGGACCACUGAGGCACUGGACUUGAUGAAGCAAAUGGUGGGUAAAUGUGGAUUGACCCCAGGACCGGGAUCACUAAUGAAAUUGUUGGCAGCAUUACGGGCAAAUAGGGAGAUAUGGAAAACAGUUGAGAUGAUUGAGUUCCUGGAGAAUGAGGGUUACACUGUUGGAUUUGAGAGUUAUGAGAUGGUGAUUGAAGGUUGCUUGGAGAAAGCCGAGUACCUUUUGGCUGGAAAGGUUGCAAUGAGGAUGACCGAAAGAGGUUUUAUACCAUAUAUCAAGGUCAGGCAUAAGAUAAUUGAAGGUUUGGCUAGUAUUGGUGAGUGGAAGAUAGCUUGUGCUGUGAGGCAAAGAUUUGCAUCACUUGGAUCUUAGCAGCUAAAUUGUUAAUGGGGUGGGCUAGGCUAAAAUAUUAUUGCCUAAGAGGGUAAGUUCAUGUUGCAGAGACUUCAGCAUCUACAUUUUAUUGUCCUUUUUCCCCAGUUAAA